GGGGCUAAACUAGAUGCGUCUUCUAAAUCAGGGUUAUCAGCCAUGGCUCAGUCUUCCAUUGUUCUUCUGGGACAUACUGGAGUUGGAAAAAGUGCUUCAGGAAACACCAUUUUAGGAAAAAAGGCAUUUGAAUCAAGACGCUCCUUCAAAUCUGUGACCACAGACAUCCAGGAAGAAACCAAUUUUGUGUUUGACAGAAAUAUAUCAGUGAUCGACACCCCAGGAAUACUAGGAAAGGACUCAGAAACGAAGAUCACAGCCUACUGCCAGGAGCGAAUGGAUUCAAUAUCUCUGUUUCUGGUUGUGGUUAAAGUAGAUCGAUUCACUGAAGAACAGGAGAAAGCGGUGGAGGCAGCUAUCAGAGUUAUUGAGCCAUAUGGUCUAGAGAGAGGUUUCUUGCUCUUUGCAGGUAUUGAUAAUUUAGACGGUACACUGGAAGACUUUAUCAAUGAAGAUCCUGAGUCUCCUCUUCAGAGCAUUGUUGAAAGGUUUCAGAGAAGGUACCUGGGGUUCAACAAUAAAAAUGGAGGACCAGAGCAGGUCAGAGAACUGCUCGACAAGUCAGUGAUACCAUCUUCAGUACCUGAAAUCCUGGAGAAGAGAAAUAUUGUGCUGUUUGGGCUGCAGGGAGCUGGGAAGAGUUCAUCAGGAAACACUAUUCUGGGGUCGCAAGUGUUUGAGUCAGAUUUUAGAGCAUUGGAGAUGGGUCGAGGCUGGAUCUUCCAGCAUGACAUUGACCUGAAGCGCACAGCCAGAAUAACCAAGGAGGGGCUCUGGAAGAAGCAUAUCAAGGUUCUGGCGUGGCCUACCCAGUCUCCAGACCUAAACCCAAUAGAGAAUCUUUGGAGGGAUAUCAAACUAUGUUUCUCAGCAACAGCCAAAAAACCUGACUAA